GGACUGGCGCCAAUUGCUGCACGACUUCCAACUAGCAAGUCUGGACCAUGACUUGCAGACGGAUUUUCUAUACCGCCUAGGCCGACAAGCCUCCAAACGCUAGAGACGUGCAAUCCUUCGUGUCCUGUCUUGCAGAAGUGCAUCUGAGUUGAAACACCGUGUCUUCCACAGGGUCUGAGCAGGAUUUGCGAAGGAACGCCGAACAGGACUAGACUGAGGAUGCUGCAUGAUUGAGUCGGUCCGUGCACAUCAUCAUCAUCGUCAAUGUCAUUGUCUGUUGUGAGCUACUGUACAACACCAAGACUUGCAUCAAUUUCCUCAAGGACCGUUGACCAAACGUCUCGACUCUCGACAUGGAUGCCCUCACACUGGUUGCCGUCGUCUGUCUCCUCGCCACAGGCUUUUGGGCAUGGAGGAAUUUGUACUAUUGGUAUUACAGCAAUGGCCUGAUGGAGUUUCUGGGACAACGCAUCAUGGCUGAUCAAGCUCCGAGUGGCCAGCCGCUCAAAGUCCUCUGUACCAGUGGCCGAUUCCCAUCUGUUGACAUGCAGUUGAAAGGCCCCUCAAUAUUCCAACUCCUCUCCUUUGAAAGCUGGACCUAUCCAGAUGCCACGUUGGCCGGCUUCUACUUCAUCAGCUCCUUCGGCGUUUCAUGGGCCCUGAUCGUGCUGGAGAGCUUGCGCUCUUACAAUCUGCACAACUUCGGAUCUUGGACCACUAUCCCGGGAUUGCUCAUGUUCAAUCAUACUCCGGCCAUAUAUCUGCCUCUGUAUCUCGGUGUACGGCUUGCCCUGAUGACUCCGAGCAACAUCACACCAUCAGACCUGGCGAUUGACCCGGUUCAACUCGAGCUUCUUCCUUGGGCCUUCACCAUUGGCUAUGUGGCGCCGUUCAUCAUGAUGUUACUCCCCGACAUUCGCAUCCGCGAUAUAAGCACCAAGCAGACCGUCGCAGCUUGGUGGCAGCAAUGGCCUGCUUAUGUUGCUCUCUGUCAACUGCUGUUGUCUCUGAUCUGGCGCCCAGCAGUGCUUCCAUCAUCGCCUCUGGCUACAGAAGCUUGGCCGCAGGUUCAGUCCGUGUACAUGUUCCUCUUCGUGAUGGCUGGUUUGUCACACUGGCUCUCGGUAUUGGGCGCCUUCGCAACACGCGUGACAAUGGCCGAGCUUUUCUUGCCGGCCUGGCCUAGAAAGGAUAAGAAGGCACGCCACGGGUGGGAAGCAGCAAAGUGGUGUGUGCAAUGGGACGUCGUCCUGGAUACGCCUGCCAUGAUGACUUGGGCCGGUGUUCUGUAUUGGCAGACGGGAGGAGUCAUGGACUCUUCACUUUGGCAGCGUCUGCUUGUCAACUUCCUGCUCGCGGGACCUAUGGGGGUUCCCAUUGGCUUGUUGUGGGAGAGGGAUGCAUUUGUUUUGGGUCUCUAGAGCAGUCUUACAGCUAGCUAUUGUUUAGUCCUUCAUAAUAGAAUAUCGUGGCC